UAAGAGAUUUUUCUGUUACUUUUUUAUAUGCCAUAGAUAUACAUUACGGGCUUGCAAAAUUUUCGUUAGCGGCGCUGUCGAUUGGCUUCUGGACGUCGAGGUUUUGAUCACUGCUUUGUUUUAUUCAUGGAGGGAGAAGAGAGUUUGCUCGAUUCCAUAUUCGAUGCUGAGAAUGUUGAAGAUAUGGAAGACGUUGAUAUGGUCGACGUAGAAGAAGGAGAGUUGGUUGGGAACAAUCAUCAAGUUGAGUUGGCACAAAGCAGCAGCAUGGUUGGUGAUUCUGUAGGUCAAGAAUCUGAAACUAAAAACCGGAAACGUAAGAAUAAGAAGAAGAAAAAUAAGAAAAAGAAGGGUGGAUCAGGUUCUGAUGUCAAGGAUAUUAACAGAUUUGUUUUAGAUACGUGCAGGCGCUUGAAAGAACGGAAGUCUUACCUCAUCUGGACUGCAGUGGGCUGUUUGGGUGUGGCUGCUCUGAGUGAUCUUGUGAAAGAGUUUCAUCACUUGGUGGAUGCAAUUCAAGCUUGUGGCGGUCAGAAAACCGCUGAUGGAAGUCGCUUAAAAUUCGGUGGUGGGAUUUUAUGGAACAUUCUGAAAACCCGCGACCCAAAUGCUUUUAAGGAGAUUAUGAAAAAAGGGAAGGAGUUUGAGAAGCAAUUUAAACAACCGGAUUUAAGGAAAGCACCAAACCAGAACAAACUGAUAUGUCCAAAAGUAGGGGGUGACGCAGCAGAGGCUGGAGUGCAAAAAGAUGGAAUCGAAGAAAAACAGACUCAGAAACGACCUGUUCAUGAAAGAAUCCGUGUGCCCGUUUCCUACGAUGAUCUGGUUCACAUUGAGGACCCAAAAGACGAGGCGAUUUAAUAGUCUGAGUUGACUCUGUUGAGAUGUUAAAGGUUUUCCUGGUUCUGGAUAAUGCGAGUGGAUAAGCAAAAAAGGUUUUGUGAUGGUUUGGCUUCUAAAUUCUCUUAGUUUUACAGGCGUGCACGUCUAUUACUUGCGCUAUUGGUUUUUUUUUUUUUUUUUUUUUUUUUUUUUUCAAUUUAGUUUGACGCCAAACUAUUACAGAUAUUGAAAGAGACCUAAAAUGACAGUUUUCCAGUGGAUGUUAAUAGUCCGAUUUCACUCUGUUUUUGUCAAAACAACAAAUCAAUCAUGUAUACUUUUUGGAACCAAGAAGUCACUCUGGUUUUAGAGCAUAUUUAAACAUCGAA